UUCAAUAAAAAUGCAAUCGUGUAAAUCUUGUCUAAGAGUAAAAGUUGUAUUAGAUGAGUAGGUUGGAAGACAUCUGACCCACCUUAAUGACAAUCGUUUCAAAUAUGAUUUAAAGUGAAAUUUUCUAUAAAUUUAUCUCGCAUUUAAAAUUUACCAUCAUGGAUAAAGUGCGAGAUGAGGAUCGUAAACGUCGCCUCCGUGAGUUGGAGGAACGAAUUUCAGAUCCACGAAGUGUUGCAAAUAUUGAUUCGCUUUUGGAUACAGUACAAGCACUUGUCGCCGAUUGUAACCAUCCUGCUGUAAAACGAAUGAAAAAUGUUGAAGCGUAUGUUAAUCGAUAUGAUACGUUGGCAAGUGAAAUACAAAAUUUACGUAUGAAGACUGAUGAUUUUAAUUUAAUAAAAGUAAUCGGACGUGGAGCAUUUGGAGAAGUUCAAUUAGUACGGCAUAAAUAUACAAAACGUGUUUAUGCUAUGAAGUUACUAAGUAAAUUUGAAAUGAUCAAACGUUCAGACUCGGCAUUUUUUUGGGAGGAACGACAUAUAAUGGCACACGCAAAUUCCCAAUGGAUAGUUCAAUUACAUUUCGCGUUUCAAGAUGAUAAAUAUUUAUAUAUGGUUAUGGAUUAUAUGCCUGGAGGUGAUCUAGUAAAUCUAAUGUCGAAUUAUGAUAUACCCGAAAAAUGGGCUAUGUUUUAUACUAUGGAAGUGGUGUUAGCGUUGGAUGCCAUACAUUCAAUGGGCUUUGUGCAUCGAGAUGUCAAGCCUGAUAACAUGUUAUUAGAUAAACAUGGUCAUUUGAAAUUAGCCGAUUUUGGUACGUGUAUGCGAAUGGAUUCUGAUGGAUUAGUACGAUCUAGUAACGCUGUUGGUACACCUGAUUACAUAUCACCGGAAGUUCUGCAAAGUCAAGGUGGCGAAGGAGUUUAUGGGCGAGAAUGUGAUUGGUGGUCUGUAGGAAUAUUUUUAUAUGAAAUGUUAGUCGGCGAAACACCAUUUUAUGCAGAUAGUUUAGUUGGAACAUAUAGUAAAAUUAUGGAUCAUCGAAAAUCAUUAAACUUUCCUGUUGAAAUAGAAAUAAGUCGCCAUGCAAAAUCGUUAAUUGCUGGUUUUUUAACAGAUCGUACAAAACGUUUAGGUCGAAAUAAUGUCGAUGAAAUUAAACGGCAUGCAUUUUUUGAAAAUGAUACAUGGACAUUUGAAAAUUUACGUGAUUCUGCCCCACCUGUUGUGCCCGAAUUGUCGGGGGACGAUGAUACUAGUAAUUUUGAUGAUAUUGAAAAAGAUGAAGGUCCAGAGGAAAUUUUUUCUACUCCACAAACAUUUGUUGGAAAUCAUUUGCCAUUUGUUGGAUUCACGUAUAAUGGUGACUAUCAAUUGUUAUCAGAUAAUAAAUCGACCGAUUUGGUUGAUACAUCAAACGCAAAUCAUGUAUCUUCAAAUCGAGCCCAAGCUAUUGUACAAUUAGAAACCCAAUUAAAAAAUGAACGAAUGCUGGUGGCAAAUUUAGAGGCAAAAGAACGUCAGCUUUUAGCUCAAAUUGAACAUUUAGCACAUCAUGACGCUGAAAUCACCGAAGAAGCAUCUAAGUCAAUAAAAGAAUUAACUUUAUUAAAACACGAAUUUAAGGAAUUACAGCGUAAAUGUGAUUACGAGAUUGAACAUCGACGAAAAGCAGAGAAUUUAAUAACCGAUUUUAAGAAACGUUUAGAAGAUGAACAGAAUAAACGAACGCGAGAAAUGAAUAAUAAUGCUCAACAUAGUGAUAAAAUUAAUAUGCUAGAAAAACAAGUUGCCGAUUUUCAAGAGAAAUUAAAAUCGGAAACAGAAAGUUUGCAACGAUUGCGUAAACAAGCGACAGAAUUAACUGUUGCGAAAUCGGCAGCUGAGCAAAUUGGUGUUGAAUUGCAAAGUAAAUUAACAACUUUACAAAUUCAGCGGGAUUCGUUACAGCAGGAGGUAGCUGGAUUACAGGGACAAUUAUCGCAGGAACGAAGUUCACGAACUCAAGCAUCUGAUAAACAAUUAGAAUUAGAAAGUAAAUUACAGGCGGAACAUUGCGAAUUAGAAAGAAGUAAACAACGUGAAGAAAAAUUAAUAUCAGAUAAUCGACAAAUCGGUGAACGGGUAUCAAACUUAGAAAAAGAAUGUGCCUCAUUAACGCUCGCAUUAAAAGCUGCACAUAAUCGUUUAGAACAAGAAAUGCGUGCGCAUCAAGAAACCGAACGUUCGCGAUUGGUAAGUAAAGAAGAAGCGAACUUAGAAGUUGUAAAAGCAUUACAAGCCAAAUUAAAUGAAGAGAAAAGUGUUCGACAAAAAUCUGAUAUGAAAUCGCAAGAAACCGAACGACAAUUAUCCAUGCUCUCCGUUGAUUACCGCCAACUUCAACAACAGCUACAAAAACGGGACGGAGAACAUCGUCAAGAACAGGAAAAAGUAAAAGCAUUACAAAGUCAGUUGGAGCAAGAAUUUCAAAAGAAACAAAUUUUACAAUCUGAGUUGGGAAUCCAAACCUCUGAAGUGGCACAUUUAAAGGCUCGUGAAACACAACUAACCAAAGAAGUUGAUAACCUCCGCGAAAACAAGCAACACACCGAAGAAGAAUUGCAUCGAAUAAAACGUGAAUGGUCCGUUGAUAAAUUACAAAUGAAAGAAUUGCAAGAUCAACUUGAAGCUGAGCAAUACUUCUCUACGCUUUACAAAACCCAAGCUCAAGAAUUGCGUGAAGAUUUAGAAGAACGGACGCGUACUACGCAAGAACUUGAAAAAGAACGUAGCUCACACAUCCAUCAAUUACAAAUCGCUUUAGCUCGUGCUGAUUCUGAGGCAUUGGCUCGAUCAAUUGCCGAAGAAACAGUUGCCGAUUUAGAAAAAGAGAAAACUAUGAAAGAAUUAGAAUUUAAGGAUUUGUUUACAAAACACCGUGCAGAACUCGCAUCGCGUGAUACGAAUAUAAGUAAUUUACGUGAGCGUGAAAUGGAGUAUAAGAAAACAAUUGAUCAGCUGGUUAAGGAGAAAGAUGAUUUAGCUCGACAAGUUAAAUCUCAGCAAGAUGACUUGAACAAAAUCACAAACAACGCGGAAGAAGUAGAACGAUUAACUUCGAAAUUGAAAACGGAAUCCUUGCUAAAACAACAAGCCGUAAACAAAUUAGCUGAAAUUAUGAACCGUAAAGACAUUAACACGACUGGUAAAGUGAAAAAUAAGGCAGCUGAUUUACGACGUAAAGAAAAAGAUUAUCGUAAAUUGCAACAAGAACUCACUCAAGAAAAAGAGAAAUAUAGCCAGUUAACCGUAAAAUGGCAACGGGAGCUACAAGAUUUACAAGCGCAAUUAGGUGAAGAGACCCAACAGAAAUUACGUUUACAGAUGGAAGUCGACAGUAAAGAUUCAGAAAUUGAACAGUUACAAAUGAAGUUAGCAUCAAUGAAUAGUGAAACAGCAUCACUUAGUUCAGCGGAUAAUGAUGCAGACGAAUAUAAUAAUCAGCAGGAAUCGUUUUUGGAAGGAUGGUUGUCUGUUCCAAAUAAACAAAAUAUCCGGCGUCAUGGAUGGAAGAAACAAUAUGUGGUUGUUUCAUCGAAGAAAAUUAUUUUUUAUAAUUCGGAAAGUGAUAAACAAAAUACUGAUCCCGUACUUAUAUUGGAUUUAAAUAAAGUGUUUCAUGUACGCUCAGUGACCCAAGGGGAUGUAAUACGUGCUGAUGCAAAAGAAAUACCUAGAAUAUUCCAGUUAUUAUAUGCGGGUGAAGGAGAAGCUAGGCGACCUCGUGACGGUGAUUCAUUACCUGAUGUGACAGCAACGCGUGAUGAUAAACCUGGUACUGUACCCCACAAAGGUCAUGAAUUAUUACAGAUCUCAUAUCAUAUGCCAACAACGUGCGAAGUAUGUCCGAAACCAUUAUGGCAUAUGUUCCGGCCACCAGCUGCAUUAGAAUGUCGAAGAUGUCGAAUAAAAGUUCAUAAAGAACAUUUAGAGCGUAAAGAAGAUUCAAUAGCUCCAUGUAAAUUACAUUACGAUCCAAAUUCUGCUAAAGAGUUACUUAUACUGGCACCAAGCAGUGAUGAACAAAAACAUUGGGUCGGUAGACUUAGUAGAAAAAUACAAAAAUGUGGUUAUAAAGCCAAUAGUACCAUUGAUAGUGCCAAAAUAUCUCCUAGGGAAUCAACACGUUCAACUUUAAAACCAUAUUUAAAUACACAACAACGAUCUGCCACAUUACCAGCAAAUAGUUCAUCAUUAAGUACCAAAUGACAUCAAUGGUGACAUCGAUUAUUUAAAAUUUAUCCAAAAUCAUCUACUACAUAUCCAUUUAAAAGUGUUUUAGAAGAAGAAAAACUUACAAGCAAACAGACAAUCAUCACGAAAUCACCAUCAAACAAAUGGUUUUAAAAAUGUAAUAGUUACGGAACCCUAAUACAAAGGUGAUGUAAGAUUAUAUAUACAGGUUAUUCAAAAUUUUCUUUUAUAUAGAGUACUUUCCUUUUUCUAUCUUGCCUGUUCAAUUUGCUGGGACUAGAAACGUAAUUGAAUAAAAAGGGUAAAUUCCUUACACCAUAAAGGCUAAUCAAAUCGGAAACUAAUUCGUUUUAAAGUUGCGAAAUGUGGUAAUUAUUAAAUACAGUACUUUUUGUUUUUAGAAACGUAUAUA